AUGACAGAAAGAAGAGUUGAAUUUUGUAGAGCACUUGGUAAAUUGGCAUUCUUGAAUACUCUAAUCAUUUAUAAUUAAAAGGAGUACAUAAUCUACUUUCAACCUAUGGAAAGUAAAGGACGUUGCAAAAUAUAAGUCACUAAUGGUUUUGAUUUUUGGGUAGAAGAUUUUGAUUUGGAAAAGUUUGAAUAAAAACGUAAAAAAAGUGGAUUGGAAGGCACUUAUAAUAGUUAUUUUGAUAUGAUGCAUAGAUCAAUCAGUCAAAGAAAUUUUGAAGUAUAUGUUGAUUAAACAUAAAAUUUUGUUUUGACUCUCUAUUUCUAAUUAAAUAAGGGAGUAUCUUUAAAGGGUGAUUUUGAAUUGGGAAGACCUUUGCAUUUUGAUGAUAUUAAAGAAUUUCAUUGUGUAUAUCGAUUGUUUUUGUUUGACAUUUUCAAGGCAAAAGAUUAAGAAAGGAUGAAGGCUGAAGUAAGUAGGAAAGGAAGAAGAUUAGAAGAAAGAGAAUCAAAAAAGUCUAUCUCUUAACCUAGAUAAGAUGAAGAAGAAGAAUAAGAUGAAGAUGAAAGUGCUGCUUAGAGAAGGAAGAAAGUAUAAUUAUGA